ACCAAUUUAUCGUUUUGAAAGCCAUCUAACUUUGUGUGUCAUGUCAGCAGCAGCCGCAGCCGCCGCCGCUGCGGCAGUGAGUAGGUCUAGCUCCACCAACAGUAACUCUAUCACCUACAACUACAACCGCCAACCGUUAUUCAAGCCGUCCCCGCUAACGGCCGUGGUGCCGGUGCUGAGCAGGUACGAGUCCCAGAAGCGGCGGGACUGGAUCACGUUUGGGCAGUACCUCAAGAACCACCGCCCUCCGCUGAACCUGUCCCGUUGUAGCGGGGCCCACGUGCUGGAGUUCCUUAGGUAUUUGGAUCAGUUCGGGAAGACGAAGGUCCAUGCGGACGCUUGCCCUUUCUACGGGCACCCUAACCCUCCUGCACCCUGUCCUUGCCCGUUGCGGCAGGCCUGGGGCAGCCUCGACGCAAUCAUUGGAAGGCUUCGGGCAGCGUUUGAGGAGAACGGCGGGCAGCCCGAGACCAACCCGUUUGGGACUCGAGCAGUGAGGCUGUACCUGAGGGAGGUCAGGGACAGCCAGGCCAAGGCCAGGGGAAUUGCUUAUGAGAAGAAGAAGAGAAAGAAAGUAGGGCCAUCACAACAGCCGGAAGGGCAAGAUGAUGAGGAGCAGCAGCAGGGGCAACAUGGUACUUUUGGUUCAGAUUAUGGGUAUGGUGCUGCUGUUACUUCAUCUGCUGCUGCUGCUAGGUGCUCUAUGAUGCCUUUGUCUGUGCUAAUCUGAUUAAGCUUGUAAUUAAUUAAGUAAUGAAUUAUAUUUAUGUAGUUAGGUGCAUCAUGAUAUGAAUAUCCAAUGGAUUUUGAUGUGUUGUGUUA